CGCUGCUGCUGUCACUUCCUCCUCUGUAGAUUAGUGUCCGGGUCGUGUUGAGCCUCCUGCUCCUGGAGUCCGUGGCCAGAGCAGCCGCCGAGGCUGAGCCGCAGGGGCCGCCGCUGUGCCAAGAGGAGGGAACGAAGAAGAAUCAGGAAGGGAGGCGGCAGCGGCAUCGGGCCGAGCCGGGCUGGCGUCUCCGCGCCUCCUCCUCUUCCUCCUCUCUUGGGGGACUGGGGGCCAGCGCUGAGGGGCCGCCCGCGCACGGCUUCCCCUCUCUCCGCCGGCUCCGCUCCCCUGCCCGCCCCGCGGGGGAGGGCGGAAGAUGCCGGUGAAGAAGAAGAGAAAAUCCUCCGGGGCGGCCGCGGCGGUAGCGGAAGACGGAGGCCUCAAGAAGUGUAAAAUCUCCAGCUAUUGCAGAUCACAAGUCCCUGCUAAACUAAUAAGUGGAGAGGAGCAUUUUUCAAGCAAGAAGUGCCUGGCUUGGUUUUAUGAAUAUGCAGGUCCUGAUGAAGUUGUAGGGCCAGAAGGAAUGGAAAAGUUUUGUGAAGAUAUUGGUGUUGAACCUGAAAAUAUUAUUAUGUUAGUUUUAGCCUGGAAAUUGGAGGCUGAAAGCAUGGGAUUUUUUACCAAGGAAGAAUGGUUAAAGGGGAUGACUUCAUUACAGUGUGACUGCACAGAAAAGUUACAGAGCAAAUUUGAUUUUUUGCGCUCACAGUUGAAUGAUAUUUCAUCUUUUAAGAAUAUCUACAGAUAUGCCUUUGAUUUUGCAAGGGAUAAGGACCAGAGAAGCCUUGAUAUUGAUACUGCUAAAUCUAUGUUAGCUCUUUUGCUUGGAAGGACAUGGCCACUGUUUUCAGUAUUCUACCAGUACUUGGAGCAAUCGAAAUAUCGAGUUAUGAACAAAGAUCAGUGGUACAAUGUAUUAGAAUUCAGCAGAACUGUCCAUGCAGAUCUUAGUAACUAUGAUGAAGAUGGUGCAUGGCCUGUUCUUCUUGAUGAAUUUGUUGAGUGGCAAAAAGUCCGUCAAGUGUCAUAGCAAGAACUAUACUGAGGAAAAUGCAGACCUUUUGAUGCCCAACUGUAUACAAACUAAAAUGAGAUGAGGAAAAAAACCAAGGGGCGCAUUUUCAUUCUUAUGAAAGACUUCUUAUAGUACUUUUUUUUCCUUUUUUUUAAGGAAGUUUUCUUGUUACAUGUGAUAUGGGCAUUGAACCACACCUCUUCUGAGACUGAAAAUUGAAGUUUAUGUUUUGAGUUAUGUUUAUAACUUUUAUUUCAGAACAAUAAAGAUUCAGAUUUGUGACAAAGG